CGCGCGCGAGCUUCCCCAAGAUGGCGGUGGCUAGAGAUGCCUGUGGCUUGGAACUCGCUGCCGGGAACGGGCGGCGGCUCCACCUGGGGAUUCCGGAGGCCGUGUUUGUGGAAGAUGUGGAUUCCUACAUGAAACAGCCGGGGAACGAGACUGCGGACACAGUGCUGAAGAAGUUGGAUGAACAGUAUCAGAAGUAUAAGUUUAUGGAACUCAACCUUGCUCAAAAGAAAAGGAGGCUAAAGGGCCAGAUUCCUGAAAUUAAGCAGACUUUAGAAAUUCUGAAAUACAUGCAGAAGAAAAAAGAAUCAACCAAUUCAAUGGAGACCAGAUUCUUACUGGCAGAUAACCUGUACUGCAAAGCUUCGGUUCCUCCUACCGAUAAAGUGUGUCUGUGGCUGGGGGCUAAUGUAAUGCUUGAAUAUGAUAUCGAUGAAGCCCAGGCAUUGUUGGAAAAGAAUCUGACCACUGCCACGAAGAACCUGGAUUCUCUGGAGGAGGACCUUGACUUUCUUCGAGAUCAGUUUACUACCACUGAAGUCAAUAUGGCCAGGGUUUAUAAUUGGGACGUAAAAAGAAGAAACAAAGAUGAUUCCGCCAAGAACAAAGCAUAAUUCUGGCAAUGAAAAAUGUGGUCUCAUUUUUGCAAACAAGUUCUUUUAAAUAUUCCAAGGUUUAUUCUUAAAGGUUGACAUUAGUUUGAAUGUUUUUUUUUUAAAACAGUAAGAAUGAUAAUUAAAACUUUACAAAGAGAUAAACACCAACACCAUUUUAUUUAUUUAUGAAAACAAAAUUAGUUCCAAAUAUUUUAUGGAAUUAGCAGUAUUUUUUAUUUUUUAUUUGCAUUUACAACACAGUAAAUGCUACUUUCAUCGUUUUUUUUUUUGUUUAUUAUAAGAAAAGUCUUAAUUGAAAUGGCUGAAAACCGAUGUAUGCUAUGGAGGCUGAAUUCAGGACACUUACGCACAGUUUACUUUUUCUUUAUUACAUGAUGUUACGCUCACUUAAAUAUUUGCAGACUUGCUCUUCAGCACAUGCGGGGCUUUAUGGUCCUCUGUUGCUGUUAUUUAUUACAAUAUUCUGUACUUUACAGGAAACGGUCCUUUGCCUUCUGAACUUUUAAGAGGGCUAUUAAGACAACACUCUUUCCUGUCCUCUGUCAGCGCACAGUGUCUUUGCAAUGCCAACAUAAGGGAGAUUUCAGCCAACAUGAAAUAACAAAAUUACCCACUCAAAACUCUUGGCCAAGGUGAUUUUGUAUUUCUUAAUUCUCCAAAAGCAGCUGAACAAAGAUAUUAAGAUUAAAAACAACGGUUGAAAAGACUUAUGUGUUUUUUGUUUGUUUGUUUGUUUUAUUCAUGUUAAAACCGCAUAGGAAUAGUAGUGGGUGAUACAGAUUCUGGUAAAAAACACAAAUGUAUUCCAUCUCCAAGUAGUAAAAAGUAUACUUACUUGUACAAUGUUUUGUACUUGUAUUUCGUGUUAUUAAAACAAGUUAAAACUG